AUUCUCAUCGUUGCGGGCGUCGGUAAUGGCUCAGGCACCGGUGCUGCAUCCGCUCGCAUCUUUGCACGAGCCGGAUAUAACGUGGCUUUGAUCGCUCGCGAUGCAGAAAGCCUGAAGAAGACGGCGAGCGAGAUCAGGCAGGCAGGAGGUGGUGACGCCGAAGCGUUCCCGGCUGCUGCAUAUGACUGGUCCAACUUCACCAACAUCUUUGCCGAGAUCAAGAAGAAGUGGCCUGGCUCACCCGUCCGCGUCGCCGUAUUCAACGCGGCGCACGGCGUCUGGAAGCCGUUCUUGGACGUCACUGAGAAAGAGAUCAAAGAUACAGUGGACACGAACAUCACCGCUGCUUUCGGUUUCUCCCGCGAGGCCAUCCUAGCCUUCAAGUCCAACGAGCUGAACGAGGACGGUAAACGUGGUACGCUCAUCUUCACGGGCGCGACGGCCUCUAUCCGCGGCAACGUCACCACGAGUGCGUUCGCCGCCGGCAAACACGGUCUUCGCGCUCUCAGCCAGAGCCUGGCGAAGGAGUUCGGGAAGGAAAACAUCCAUGUCGCGCACGCUAUCAUCGAUGGCGGCAUCAUCACUGACCGCUCCAAGAGCUAUCGGAAGGAUCCUGCUUGGGAAAACAACCCUGAUGUUCGACUUGACCCUGAGAGCAUCGCCAAGACGUAUCUUGCGUUAGUGAAGCAAGACAGAUCCGCGUUGACUUGGGAGCUGGACCUCCGUCCUGCGCACGAGAAGUGGUGA